CCAGAGAUUUUCUGAAUCCGCUAUACCCAUAGCUCAACAACAACAACAACCCUAUUUACCCAAACAAAAAUCUCUUCACUCCAAACAAGACACACACCGAAAAUAAAGGGAUAAACCCGAAAUACAAACACUACGCUCUCUCUCAAAUUCAACACCAUCAGGAUCGUGUAGGUUGGGAGUUCCGUUAUUGAGUUUUGCUGAGUACUGAGUACUGGAGCUUGUGGACAUGGGUGCUUAUGAUCAAGUUUCUCUUAAGCCCUUGGAUUCUUCUAGAAAGAGGAAAAGUAGGAGCAGAGGGGAUGGGUCUAGAUCCGUGGCUGAGACUAUUGCAAAGUGGAAGGAAUACAAUGAGCAUCUUUAUUCUGGCAAAGAUGAUGGUAGGCCAACUCGUAAGGCACCAGCUAAAGGUUCAAAGAAAGGGUGCAUGAAAGGGAAGGGAGGACCCCAAAACUCUCAGUGUAACUACAGAGGUGUUAGGCAGAGGACAUGGGGCAAGUGGGUUGGUGAGAUUAGGGAGCCAAAUAGAGGAAAUAGGCUUUGGUUGGGUACUUUCUCUACUGCCCAAGAAGCUGCUCUUGCCUAUGAUGAAGCUGCUAGAGCCAUGUAUGGUCCAUGUGCACGUCUUAACUUCCCCCACAUAUCAGAUUAUGCUUCUGUCAAGGAAUCGUUGAAGGAGUCAUCCUUGGCUGCGUCGUCUUCUUGUUCUUCGGCCGCGACGGCGGUCUCUGAGACUACUACCACUACAUCAAAUCAAUCAGAGGUUUGUGCAGCUGAGGAUGUUAAAGAGAAGUCCCGAGGUGUCAAUGUGAAUGAUAAGGUUAAUGCAUGUCAUAAGGAUUAUGAAUCUGCCUCGCCAACUAGUAGAAUGAAGCAAGAGCCUAGGGAUGAGCAUGUGGAUCUCUUAGACCCGGGGGCUGUGGAAGUUCAAGAUGCAAGACCAGAAGCAACACAUGAUGCUGGGCAGGUUGCCGAGGAUGUAAAUAGAGAUCAGAUGGACUUUUCAUGGAUUGAUAACUUUGAUUUCAAUGAUGAUUACUUGAAGAGUUUUUCCACGGAUGAGUUAUUUCAGGUGGAUGAGCUUUUGGGGCAUUUAGAUAAUAACCCAAUUGAUGACACAGGGUUGAUGCAAGGUUUGGAUUUUGGACAAAUGGGUUUUCCUGGAAAUGGUAAUAAUCCUCAGGUUGAUACGCCUUCAAGCUUUUUCUAUCAGUUGCAAAAUCCAGAUGCCAAGUUGUUGGGUAGUUUGCCCCAUAUGGAUCAUACAUCAUCUGGUGUUGAUUAUGGAUUAGAUUUCUUGAAAAUAGUAGAGCCAGGGGACUAUAACGCUGGAGAACCACCACAAUUUCUUAACUUGGAUGAUGAUCUGAACAAUGAUUCAAAGGGAAUUCAAGCAAUGAAGCAUGACUAGAGAGCUGCUGCAGAAGUCCAUAAUGAGAGGUUGUGGAUUUUGGCUGGAUCUGCCUCACUGGUUCGAGCGUCUGCUAUAAUGUCCUGGCUUGGUGGCCCUUUUUUUAGCUAUAUAUAGGUGCAUAAGACGAAUAGAAUUAUACAACUGAUACAAGAUAUGUGUUUACUUUAUGUUCUUUUCGAUGUGCUAAUUCUCUGUAGGGUUUUUAAAAAUGGAGAAUUUAGCUGACAAUAUUUGUUUAUUUUUUAAUUUUUUCAUUUACAUGUUUUUUUUUUCAAUUCAAAUAGGACUGCUUUCACUUCAUAGGUGGAGCUGACGAGUAGUGUUUAUAGUUUCGUUUGUGGGCCAACUAACUAGAGUAUCUUGAGCACUGAUCUUGACAGAAAAUUUCUUGUUAUAUACGAGGGAGAACGUAUAUCUCGAGUAGAUCAAGUCAUUGCUCAAUUUUGUGUACAGACACUGAACAAGUAGCAGAAUGUAUAUAUUGAAACUAUUCUGAAUUUCGUAA